AUGGCCGAGCGCAAAACCCUCCAGAAAUACUACCCCUCCGACUUUGACCCCUCAAAACUCGUCCGCACGAAGAAAUCCUUAACCCCUACCCGCACGGUCGUAAACUUCGCCUGCCCCUUCCGCAGCAUGCGCUGCCUCUCCUGCGGCCACUACACCACCCGCGGCAAAGUCUUCCGCAACAGCCCCAAACACAUCUCACCCGAAACCUACCUCGGCGUGAAAAUAGUUACGCUGCACUGCAAGUGUCCUGGCUGCGGCGCGGGAAUCGUUAUCGAGACUGAUCCUAAGAAUAUGGAUUAUAGGAUUGUGAGUGGGGCGGCGAGGGGGUUUGAGGCGUGGAAAGAUGAUGAGCGCGCUGAAGAUACCGAAGAGCAGCGCUUGAAUCGUCUUGAAGCUGAGGAACUUGAAGGAGGCGACGAGAAAGCGACUAUGGAGACCCUGGAGCGCAAGACUGAGGAUGCGAGGGUUGAGGUUGCUGUUGCGGAUGCGUUGGAUGAAAUUAGAGCGGCGAAUGCACGGAGGGAGGUUGUUGAUAAGGAAUGCAGUGUGGCUAACCGUGUGCCAUCGAGGGAGGUUGAGGAUGCGCAUGAUGCGGAGAUUGCGAGGGCUGUGUUUAGGGGGACGAAGAGAUGUUCGCCGGAGUCUGAAUCAUGUGAAGAGUCGCUGAACGUGGAGUUCUCGGUGUCUAGGCCGGCGAAGAAGGCCAAGAAGGAUUUUGCGAAGACGUUGGGUAUUAGGAAGAAGACGGAAGUCUAG